AAUGCCUAGUUUUGUUUUGCCUUGCCUGCGUUAAUUCUCUAUUUAGUCAUCUAUUUUCUUUGCUGCAGUGGAUAUUCGUUGUUACGUGAUCCUCACCAUAACAAAGGGCUUGCUUUCAAUGACAAAGAGAGAGAUGCCCACUAUUUGCGAGGUCUUUUGCCCCCAUCUGUUGUUUCUCAAGACCUGCAGGUGAAGAAAAUGAUGCACACCCUCCGACAGUACCAAGUUCCCUUGCAGAAGUAUAUGGCCAUGAUGGAUCUGCAGGAGACAAAUGAAAGAUUGUUUUACAAGCUCUUGAUUGACCAUGUUGAGGAGUUACUUCCUGUUGUCUACACUCCAACUGUUGGUGAGGCUUGCCAGAAAUAUGGAAGUAUCUUCAGGCGUCCUCAGGGUCUGUUUAUCAGUUUGAAAGAGAAGGGAAGGAUUCUCGAGGUAUUGAGAAACUGGCCUGAGAAGAAUAUUCAGGUCAUUGUCGUUACUGAUGGGGAGCGAAUUUUAGGGUUAGGGGAUCUUGGCUGUCAGGGGAUGGGAAUACCUGUUGGGAAGCUUUCUCUCUAUACUGCACUUGGAGGUGUCCGUCCUUCAGCUUGCUUGCCUGUAACCAUUGAUGUGGGAACAAAUAAUGAGAAGUUGGAAGAUGAAUUCUACAUAGGUCUUCGGCAAAGGAGGGCUACUGGACAGGAAUAUGCUGAACUUCUACAUGAAUUCAUGACUGCAGUAAAGCAGAACUAUGGGGAGAAAGUCCUCAUUCAGUUUGAAGACUUCGCAAAUCAUAAUGCUUUUGAUCUGCUUGCAAAGUAUGGCACAACUCAUCUUGUUUUUAAUGAUGAUAUUCAGGGCACAGCAUCUGUGGUCCUUGCUGGCCUGGUUGCAGCUCUGAAAUUUGUUGGGGGAUCUUUAGCUGACCACCGAUUCCUAUUCCUUGGUGCUGGAGAGGCUGGCACUGGAAUAGCAGAACUCAUAGCACUUGAGACAUCUAAGCAGACAAAUAUCCCACUGGAAGAGGCUAGAAAGAAUAUUUGGCUUGUGGACUCUAAGGGAUUAAUUGUCAAUUCUCGCAAGGAAUCACUUCAACAUUUCAAAAAACCAUGGGCUCAUGAACAUGAGCCUAUAAAGGAACUUGUAGAUGCUGUUAAGGCGAUCAAACCAACAGUGCUGAUUGGAACAUCAGGGGUUGGUAGGACAUUUACUCAAGAAGUUGUUGAUGCUAUGGCCAGCUUAAAUGAGAAACCCAUUAUUCUUUCUCUUUCCAACCCAACUUCACAAUCCGAGUGUACUGCGGAAGAAGCUUAUAAAUGGAGUCAGGGACGUGCAAUUUUUGCUAGUGGAAGCCCAUUUGCCCCAGUUGAAUAUGAGGAUAAAGUUUUUGUGCCUGGCCAGGCAAAUAAUGCAUACAUCUUCCCUGGAUUUGGGCUUGGUUUGAUAAUGUCUGGUGCAAUUCGGGUGCAUGAUGACAUGCUUCUAGCAGCCUCCGAAGCAUUGGCUUCACAGGUGACUCAGGAGAACUUUGACAAAGGACUCAUAUAUCCACCGUUCACAAACAUAAGAAAGAUUUCAGCACAUAUUGCGGCCAAAGUAGCUGCUAAAGCUUACGAACUUGGUCUGGCUACUCGUCUGCCUCAGCCUAAGGAUCUGGUGGAAUAUGCUAAGAGUUGCAUGUACAGUCCCGCCUAUCGUAGCUACCGGUGAAGUAUGCUGUGUUAGAAUUGGGACUCUUAAAUCACAUAAAACUGUAACUAUGUUGUUUUUACGCCCUUUAGCUCCCUCCAAAAUUUUUUAUUUGUUCAGUUUCUAUGGUAGAAAAUGUUGGUUUUUUUUUUCUUUCUUUUUUUUUGUUCAAAAAAAUUGAUAAUAGUAUUUUGAAGCUGUGAAACCACUUAAAGAUGAAAAUCUUUGCAGUCUCUUUUUAAA